AUGGGCGCCACAGUACUCACGGGCAUCGUGACCAAGGCCGGGUUCAUGGCGAAGACUGUCACGAUGACCGUCUCUAAGCUCAAGAUGCACCCAAAGCUGCACAAGUCGUACGUGCGCCACUCCAAGUACCUCGUGCACGACCCUGACUCGGUACUUACGAUCGGCGAGCGGAUUCGUGCCCAGGCAUGCCGCCCGCUCUCCGCGCGCAAGCGGUUCGUGCUGCUUGAGCGCCUUGGAUUUCAGCAUGGUCCGGAGCAUGCAGAUGCGUCUCAUGACGAUGCCGCGCGCCUCCGUCGCGAAAAGACGGAAGCGUCUAUGCCGGCGGCGCAGCGCGAGUGGCUCGAGAUCGAAAAGCGUGUGCGUGACGAAGUGCGCUCGAGUAGCACGCGCAAGUAG